AUGCCUUCUCCCAGAGCCGAGGAGUCUGUCCCUGCGUCACCGGCACCAAAGACCAAUCAUCUGGAGGGGAUCAAGCGCCAGCUCCUCCAGAAAUGCGACUGGGCCGUUAUGGCGGCCGCUCGUCCUCUGAAUAUUGCGUUCACUCCGGUCGAAGAAACAGAGAGGUUUGGAAAGCGACGAAGAUUGAACGACCACGAUCAGAGGAGACUGAAUGCUCAUGAUCACGGAGCGGACCUGACGCUGGCCGACGGACGGACCAAGAGUACUCUUCUCAAUGUGGACGCUGUGGAUAUCCACAUCCGAAUCAAUGGUCGUUCCACCGGCCUCCAGUCCAGUGACCGCCAAGGAAAUCAUGGCUCUUCCCAGUCCAUGCUUUUUGAUCGCGAGGAAUCUGCCUCCCGAGCCAGGGAAAAGGGGGCCAUCCACAAUAACUGUCUGUCGCUGAGAUCCAAUUCGAGUUCCUUCCAAUCCCACAAAUCAUUGCCGUCUCCCCCUCGGCGAGCCGCACUGGUUCAAUCCCCUGGCAAUGAUCUCUCUGUGCAAACCUCGCACGAGUGUUUUGACGAAUCCGACAUACGGCGUCAACGAGCAGAUGAACAGAACAAAGCAGUGGGAUCUCAAUCAUCAUCUGUGGAGCGCUCGGGCUCCGUUUCUUCCUCCCCAAAGGGGCCCAGGCAUUUCACAAUUGAUGACCAAUUCCUCGCGGAGCAGAUGGGUUGCAGCGUCGGCCUGGUGCCUCAGAAGCGACUCCACUCCGCGGUCGAAACUCGGUCGAAUCAGCAUGACCAAUCUUCACCUCUGAGUCCCACGGAGCCGGACCGAAGAGAUUCGAGUUGGCCUGAGAAGCCACGCAAUGCCAUCGAACCAACCAUACACCCAAGACGUCCCGGUUGGCGUUUCACAGGGAAUGUCAGCCCAGAUGUCGAUACAGCGCAUGUUCUACAGGCAUUGGGCUCCCCAUUUCCACGGGCACAUGCAGUCCGAGGGGGCGGUACAUCUCCACGGAGGAUCUUCGGACAGGAAGUCGCCUUGAAUGCGAUGCUAACCACCAGGAACAACCACGCACGAGCGUGUGGUCUGCCGGACAGUCCCCCGGGGCGUUCCAAUGCCCCUCGUACACCCACGGUGUUUGGUCAGCACUUUUCGCUGCCAUCUUCAUCGCCGGACCCGCUUCUCCAACAUCCUUCUUACCCUGGCUAUCGCAAAUAUGAAAACUGA